CUGCAAAAUUGUAAACAAUCUAAUGAUGUAAUCGAGGUUUUGAACGAAGUAUUAUUUGUGAACCUUAAAUUAAAAUGAUUUCUUGUUUGCAUUCACGUCAGUUGUGUCAGAUACGUAGCAACAAGUUUUCAAGCCUUGUGAAAGGAUUCAACAGAAAUUCAAGAAAUUCUAAAUGGCCUGCUAUAAAAAACAGCGAAAUGUUUAUAGCUACCUCGGAGUCAGUGAGCUCCAAUGUUGGAAUGAAAAGUCUUAUCAAGCCUUUCAUUUUCACUGUUUCUUUCAGUGGUUCCUGCUUUGUUGCAGCUUCUAUUUGGCAAUAUGAAAACAUGCGAACUUAUAUGAGACGUUUUUCAAAAAGUUCUCUAUUUGAUUCUCAUGUUCCCAGAUAUAAAAGAGGUGAAAUUCGAAGACAGCUUCACACUUGGUGGCACAACCAGUCAGAGGGACAGAAAGUAGCCUCCUGUAUCAUUGGUAUCAAUCUGUGCGUGUUCCUGCUUUGGAAAGUACCUUACUUUUUCCCUACUAUGGGGAAAUAUUUCUGUUCAAGUCCUGCUUUAAAAUCUUCCUGUCUGCCAAUGUUUUUAUCCACCUUCAGCCAUUAUUCAUUCCUCCACUUGGCUGCAAAUAUGUAUGUGCUGUACAGCUUUUCCACUACUGCUAUCACAUAUUUCGGAAAGGAACAGUUUGUUGCUUUGUAUUGCAGUGCAGGUGUUAUAUCAUCAUUCACUAGCUAUGCCUAUAAAGUUUUUUCUGGACGGUUAGUUACAUCUCUUGGUGCAUCAGGUGCAUUGAUGGCCAUUCUGUCUUCCAUGUGCUUCCAAUAUCCUGAUAUUCCCCUUCAAAUUGUGUUUUUCCCUUUCUUCACAUUUUCUGCCGGUGCUGCUAUAAAAGCAAUUAUGGCUGUUGACGUAGUAGGUCUCUUUGCCAAGUGGAAACUCUUUGACCAUGCAGCUCAUUUAGGUGGCGCAGUCUGGGGGAUAACUUAUCUUAAUUAUGGUCGUGAAUAUAUCUGGGAUAGAAGAGAACGAAUAUUCAUGUGGUAUCACAAUAUUCGUGAACGAAAUGAAUAACAUUAGAAGUUUUUAGGGGAAAAGGGAUUUACUGUUGGAAUUUUGAUGCUUAACUUCAUCUGUACAUCUUUUCGAUGUAUUUUUGAUGAAAUUGUUUUUAUUUAUUAAACAAUCUAACUUAUUUU